CCUUUACCAAUCAAAAGUUACGAUUACAGUUGCAGCACGCGGACUGACCCUGUCUGUCUGUCGGUGGGUACACUCGACGCAACGUGACUCGACGCCCUAGUUGUAACAAAUUAAUAAUACCUAUACUUGCGCGAUAUUAUAAUUUGUACAAAUAAGCGAGACGCGAUACACCGAUUAGAAUGCCACUCGGGCAUACUCAUCGACUCUUCGGAAACGGCACCAUCAGUUUUUUCAUGCCAAUCGAAACGGUGACCACUGAUUUUUAACUCUCACCCGUACAAUGAUAUGUACACUUUUUGCAAAAAAAUAAGAGAGUGCGUCCAACACCCAUAUCGCGCGCAAAAGUGCCAAUAAGUACCCGUAUAUUAUUUAACGCGAGUAAUCACCACCACAUAUAGUGAUCAUGACAAUGACUCGAGCCAUCGGCGCGCUGGCGUGCGCCCUCGCCAUCGCCGGGGCGAUCGUCCAAGAACCACCGCCAAACGAGUUGGACAGGGACGACCCGUCGAACCUAAGGCUCGUGAGUGUGGUCUUCCGGCACGGAGACCGGGCGCCCGACCCCGCCGAGAUGUUCCCGACGGAUCCCCACCAGAGCUUCUACCCCGAGGGUCCCGGUGGACUCACGAUCGCCGGCAAACGCAGGCUGUACAAGCUCGGCGAGCUGCUGCGGCUUAGGUACGACCACUUCCUUGGGGACGCGUGUCUGCCCGACUCGGUGUUUGCGCGCAGCACCGACUACCCAAGGACGAAAAUGUGCCUGCAGCUCGUCCUCGCGUCCCUCUACCCGCCGAGGAUGACCUCCCAAUUGUGGAACGCCAACCUGCUCUGGCAGCCGGUACCCACCGUCUACGUCGACUCCAAGAGGGACUGGCUCAUGAUCCCCGAAAAUUGCCCACAAUUGCGGAGGUAUAUGGCGGAGCGCGCUCGGGUGGAGGGUACGCCGGAGGUUCGGGAAAAGAUCGAGAGCUUCCGGGGCUUCAUGGACAAACUGACCGGCCUGACCGGUAAGGAGAUCUCGAAGCCCGUGGACAUGUUCAACCUGUACCACCUGAUGACCGCGGAGCGAGCCAUGAAUCUCACCCUUCCGGGCUGGACCGACGAUGUCUUUCCGAGUGGUAGACUCCUCGAGGGUACUUACCUGGAGUACGAGAUAUUCAGCCACAACCGUCGCAUGAGGCGACUCAAUGGAGGAAAGCUCCUUUACGCGAUAAUGAAGGACAUGAAGAUGGCCAUGGUGGGUGAGAUACCGAAAAAUCGGAGGAUCGCCCUGUACAGCGGACACGAGACCAACGUAGCCGCUGUUCUUCAGGCGUUGGGUAUUUUCGAGCCGCACGUGCCCGCGUACUCGAGUGCCGUUCUCUUUGAGCUUCACGCGAUAAACAACGAAUACUACGUUAAGGUAGUGCGUUACUUGGGCAUACCAUCCGAGUUUGUGGUGCAACGGAUUCCGGGUUGCGAGGAGCUGUGUCCCUUCAGAACAUUUUCGUACCUACUGAGAGACGUGAUACCAACGCAAAAUGAAUUGGACUGUUAAACAAGAUCAUUUAUUUAGUAAAUUGUUUUUUUUUUU